ACUUAUUUGGUCCGCACCCAGAGACAAACUGCGAACAAGGUAGGUGAGGUCGGACACACAGAUGGACUACUACUCACUCUUGAGUAGCACUAAGCGUCAUGUCUGACCGCCACCCAUGGGAUUGAAGUGCCGCAGUCCACGCAUACCUUGUGCUACAGCAGUGAUCUACUAGAGCUUACAGAGACUUUGAAUGAUUAUUGCUAGUUACACGUAUCAACCUUGCAUAAAAGAGUUGAUUAACGGUGCCAAACCUCCAAGCAGAAUCCAUCCAUCUCCCAUGGCGGCAUCUCCGUCCUGUACUCCCAAUACAACUUUGCAUUGCCCCCAAGAUUCUCUGUGUCCGUGUAAGACAACGUGUAUCUUUGUCAAUCCAUCACCACCCCAUCACCCUUCGAUGUUCUUGCCAGAUGUGCUCUUUUCUUACCCUCCCUUCUCAGAGGUAGAAUCUUGUUCGCGGAAUCGCCAAGUCUUAGUCGAUGUUCGGGUCCUCACCUCGUUCCUCGCCUGGCUCCUCGCCUGGCUCCUCGCUUGGCUCCUCAUACGGCGUCGGGCGACUGAAGAUCAUGUUGUGCAUAUUCGCGCGGUUCCGGAAGAUGGUGUUAGGAUAGAAGCGACGUUCUUUGGGCCGGCUGGGCUGAUUAUCGUCCGAUUUCUCUUCGAGUGUCAGGCUCUCCAAAUCAAUGGGGUCCAGAACAGUGGGCCUCGAAUCUUGCAACCCAGUGUAAGAGUCGCGCCCGCCAGAGAUUCCAGCCAACAGUGACGACUGCGGCAAAGAGCAGGAGUCGUCCGAAGAGGGCCCGGCUGCUUCGUCUUUGUCGUUCAGGCUGGAGACAUUCUCAUCAUGAUCUUCCUCGGUAGCAAGCGUCGUUGAGACAUGGGCAUAAUCUGAGUCCGCGGACUGUACCGAAAGGUCA